UCGCACUUUGAACGGGCGAGAGACGCACUGAGUGAGUGAGAGUGAGAGAGACAAAAACAUUUUCUGUAUUCUUUUUUUAUUGGUUCUUAAUUAAAUCCUCCCUGUAUUAUUUAUUAUUAUGAUGUUCCACCCCCCGUAUAGUUUGAUAUAUUAUGCGAUAUGACUUAUAACGCAGGUGCGCGAUGGGUACUGCGAUCUCUAUUUGAACGUUCUUCGAUUUGGCGCCAAAAAUUUUCGAAGUAUGAGUGACUUUACUUAGAAGGGGUGGUUUUUUUGAUUUUUUUCGGUCAGGAUGCGGUUGGAGACGCUGCUUAUAAGGGCCACCGGCGUUUUGGCUUUUUUGAACGUUUACUGGGCCAAGGAGGGCGCUCCGGUCAAUCCGCCCACGAAGGAUAAAAGGAUCGGGAAGUACCCUUCAAAGUUGUACGAUCUCUAUCAAAACCAAAUUGAAAAAAAACCAAAAUUACAUGGCGAAUGGUCCAGCUGGAGUCCGUGGAGUCAAUGUACAAGAACAUGCGGCGGAGGGGUCACCCAACAGACCAGACAUUGCAUCACUAGAUCGGCCGAUUCCAGGUUUGUAAAACGGCAACGUCGAAGAAGACAGAACUGGCAACCGUCUAACGAGUGCGUGGGCCUGUACAAGAGGAUCCAUCUAUGUAACACUCAGGACUGCCCCGACCAUCAGAGAGAUUUCCGAUACGAGCAAUGUGCCGCCUUUAAUGUUCGACCGUUUAAAGGGAAAAUCUUCGAUUGGGAACCCUUUUAUCAAGGUAAAGUGGAGUGCGCCCUCAAUUGCCGCCCAAAAGGGAUGAAUUUCUACGCGACCCUAAAUAAAACCGUAAUCGACGGCACCCCGUGUUACCGCCCGGUUACCUCUACGGGAAAAAGCGCUCCGCGGGGCACCAAGGGGGUGUGCAUCAACGGAUACUGCAAGAGCGUCAACUCCCACGGGGUGGUGGGGGGUAGCGACGAAAACUCCCAUCACGAGUGUCAUUCCUGUUUGCGCGGUCAAUGUCGAACCGUCAACGGGAUUUACACGCGUCCAGAUUUACCCGCUGGAUACUCGUUGGUGGCCCAAGUGCCUAAAGGGGCCUGUGGGUUGCACGUGCAACAGAUUAAACACACCAGGAACUUUUUGGCCUUAAAAAUCAGCGAAAAUGGCACCUACGUCCUCAACGGAGACUGGAAUUUGGGACCCAGCAGAAGCAUUGAUACCAUAGGCACCAAAAUCACUUACGUAAAACAAGACGCCAACUCGCUAGAGACCAUUGCCGCACCCGGACCUUUGGCAACACCGCUCGAUAUCAUGGUGGCCAGCUACCAGGCCAAUCCAGGGAUCAAAUAUCGAUACUCUUUGCCGGUGGACGAGGCCAGUCCCGUGGCUGCACCGCCCCUGUUAAAACGACCCUUAGACCCCGUGACGUUUGACACAAGGAUAUUAGAGCCGUAUGGUGAUAAUGCGACUUUUAGCCACCAGAGGGAUGACCCCAAGCCGGUGGUCCUGCAUCCGGGACAGCGCAGGACGCGUCUGCGCAGACGAAACUUCCAUUGGAAAGUCACCGGGUUGACUCCAUGUACCAAAACUUGCGGGGGAGGCACUCAAACGUACUUGCGCACAUGCUACAGAACAGUGACCCCCACCCACCAAAUCCCCAUAAACGAGAAGAGAUGCGCCCACCUGGAUCCCCCCGCCCUCACCCCCAUCCCUUGUAACCUGGACCCUUGCCCCAACACCGCCCAAUGGGGUGGAGCAUGGGGUCAAUGCUCGGUCUCCUGCGGCGAGGGUGUCCAACAAUUCAUCGUCCUCUGCAGGAAAGAGUCGGAUGGUAAACUGGUGGUGGUCAGUGAGACCCAGUGCGGCCCAGACAAGCCCAGUCCUCAAUCCAGGGCGUGUCAGGAGAGGGAGUGCGACAGUUUCAAGGAUAACGAGCUGCCUCAGGUCGAACGGGAAUGGAACGUGGGUCCGUGGUCUCCGUGUUCAGUGUCUUGCGGAACGGGCCAUCGGACCCGCUCGGUAAUUUGUCCCUCGGGACGGUGUCAUCCUGAGAAUCGGCCCGCGCAUGCGGAGCAUUGUAGCCAGGGCGCAUGCCCGGACCCCGCGCAAUCUAGAAUUAAUAUCGCGUCGCGGUCCAGUCAUGUGGCGCCCUCUUGGUUGGUCAGCGAAUGGUCGCACUGUUCGGUACAAUGCGGAACAGGAAAUCAAACUCGUUAUGCGCUCUGCGACCUGGACUAUUGCAGUCCCGAGUCCAAGCCCGACGUAACCCGAGAAUGCUCGAGCGAAAAACAAUGCGACGGACAAUGGUUCGCUGGUCCUUGGGGCGAGUGCUCGGAUUCAUGUAACGGUCCGGCGAGACAGAGGAGGGAGGUACUCUGCAUAGCGAAAAUCAGGGGCGUGGCUCACGUUACCAACGAAAUGGUGUGUCCAGUUGCAUUAAAACCCUACGAAGAACAAUCCUGUUUAGGUUCUUGUCCGUCCCAGUGGUUCACUGGAGAUUGGCAACAGUGCGAGGGCAACUGUCCGCAGGGCGUGCAAAGGCGCGAAGUAAAAUGCCUGGACAUCGAUAAACGACCGUCGAACCGUUGCCCCGAGGAUAAAAUUCCCGUGGGAAAACGGUCGUGCGCAUGCGAGACUUUUAGUAGGGAGUCGAACGCGAAGGACAGCUACAGCUAUAAACUGGCCCAGGAUGAACCUGUUGACCGUUCCUGUGUCGAUAAGAUAUCGAAAUGUCGAUUGGCGGUGCAGGCCAGACUGUGCAGUUACCCGUUCUACACUAAAAACUGUUGCGAGUCUUGUAAAAAGGCGCAACAAGACUUUUUCGAAUAAAUCAUAAGAGAAUUUUAGUUUAAUCAUUCUGAUGGAGAAGAACGUGAUAAAUGAGGGCUAGGACCGGGCUAGCUGAGACAAACCCAGGGAAGGAACUGAUAGAUUUUUUUUUACUAACAUUUAAUUAGGAUUUUUAAAAAAAAUUAAAAUGUAUGAAAGGGUGAUUGAGUGAACAUUGAGUCUUGAAGCGGAUUCAAUAAAAGGUUUUCAAGUUAGACAAGAAUACUCUACUAAAUAUGGAACCUAAAGAAAAUAUAGUUGUCUGUGAUUGUUUCUUUUUUUUUUAGUUAAGACUUAUGUACAUUUAAUAUAGUUUCUCAAAAGUUUGAGGUAUUCUAACCUUAAUUUCGCUUCUGUUCUGUACUAAAGCACUGCCAAAAAUUGAAAUUUUCAAACUAAACCAGCGCGUUCUCAUAAGGAAAUUUAGUAUUUAUUCUGUCAUUAUAAGGGUUAGAAACUACUAGAAAGUAUUAUAUGUGUAAUAGACUUUUAUUAUUUAAUUGAAAUAUAGAAUUUUUCACGAA